GAGCGGCAUCAACUUCACGCAGGGCUGCGAGACAAAAAGACGGACCACGAACACCUUAUUCUGGACACAGCAGCGGUUGUAGCUGAACAAUGUGGCUGUUUGUACCGACACGGGAGCCGUUUUAGACAGAGGCAGCAGGUUUUGCGUGUAGCUGGUGAAUUAAAGCAGGACCUCCCGCCGCCCUUCAGCGACUGGAAGGUGUGUUUUUUGCUGCAUCUCGUGAAGCGAGCAGCAUCCGGAUAAAAGGUGACCCGAGCGGCCAGUUUACCUACCAAGAUUUGUGGAGACUACUGGGAGGAGUCGACCUUUACAAUGCCUGUGGCAACAUCCAGUUCCGACUCUGCAAUGCAUCAGGCUCUGGACACACUGAGUGACAGCACAAGCUCCACAACAGCCAAUGACCUGGAUCUCAUCUUCCUCAAAGGCAUCAUGGAGAGCCCUGUGGCCCAUGAGAGGUUUGAGGAGCCCAAGCUCGAGGCUGUGAGCGAGAACAACGUUGAGCUGGUCCAGGACAUCCUGAAGGAGCUCAGCCCGCUCGCACAGAGAAGCCAGGCAGCCGACGAGCUCGUCCGAAUCCUGAAAGAGCCUCAUUUCCAGUCCCUCCUAGAGACCCACGAUUCUGUGGCUUCCAAAAACUACGAGACUCCUCCUCCCAGCCCCUGCUCGUUCAUGGACGCAGCCCUCAACAAUCAGCCCGUUCCCCCAGAUGCGGUCAGGAUGGUGGGCAUCCGCAAGGUGUCUGGAGAGCACCUGGGCGUGACCUUUCGAGUGGAGAGCGGCGAGCUGGUGAUUGCCAGAAUUCUUCACGGUGGCAUGAUUGACCAGCAAGGUUUGCUCCACGUGGGCGACAUCAUCAAGGAGGUGAAUGGCAAGGAGGUGGGCAACGACCCCAAAGUACUCCAGGAGAUGCUGAAGGAGGCGAGUGGCAGCGUUGUGCUGAAAAUCUUACCCAGCUACCAGGAGCCACACACGCCGAGACAGGCCUUUGUAAAGUGUCACUUUAAUUACGACCCGACUCAUGAUAACCUGAUUCCCUGCAAGGAAGCAGGCCUCGGCUUCAGCAGUGGAGACAUUCUGCAGAUCUUUAACCAGGAAGACCUCAACUGGUGGCAGGCCUGUCACAUUGAAGGGGGGAGCGCCGGCCUGAUUCCCAGCCAGCUUCUCGAAGAGAAGAGGAAAGCGUUUGUGAAGAGAGACAUGGAGCUCGCUACGACAGGUCCUCUGUGUGCAGGGAUGGGUGGGAAGAAGAAAAAGAAGAUGAUGUAUUUGACCACUAAGAAUGCAGAGUUCGAUCGGCACGAGUUGCGGAUUUACGAGGAGGUUGCCAAAGUCCCGCCUUUCAGGAGGAAGACACUGGUUCUGAUUGGRGCACAGGGGGUCGGUCGACGUAGCCUGAAGAACAAGUUGCUGGUGUCUGACCCCCAACGCUAUGGCACCACCGUCCCCUUCACUUCUAGAAAGCCAAAGGUGGAUGAGAGGGACUGUCAGAUGUACUCCUUCAUGUCCCGGAGCGAAAUGGAGUGUGACAUCAGGAACGGCCGUUUCCUGGAGCACGGCGAGUAUGACGGGAACCUGUACGGCACAAAGAUCAACUCCAUCCACGACGUGAUAGAAACAGGAAAGAUCUGCAUCCUGGAUGUCAACCCACAGGCACUUAAAGUCUUGCGGACGUCUGAAUUCCUGCCGUAUGUUGUGUUUAUCGAAGCUCCAGACUUUGAAGUCCUCAAAGCUAUGAACAGGUCAGCAAUCGAGUCGGGUGUAGUCACCAAACAGAUGACGGACUCUGAGCUGAAAAGGACGGUGGACGAAAGCGAGCGCACCAAGAGAGCCUACGGACAUUACUUUGACCUUUGCAUCGUCAACGACGGCCUUGAAGCCGCCUUCCGAAGUCUACGUGUGGCUCUGGAGAAGCUGUCGACGGAGCAUCAGUGGGUGCCUGUCAGCUGGGUGUUCUGAACGCCGGACRGUUUUUAUCAAAAAGAAGAGGUGGGGGUGUCUGUUUCCACGCAGCUGCUGGUGGGUGGAGGAGCUGAGCAUCAUAAAUCAGUCCAAAAGACCAGCCUCAUGUAGAGCAAUUUUUCGUACAAACCUAGUGUUCCUCUGUUGAGCCCAACGUCGAGCUGUAAUUUAUUUGUCCGAACUGGAAUAAUCUUAUUGAUGUUUGUUCAGAGGGAUUUAGAGGUGAGGUGUUAGUGCAUUAGUGUGAGCGUGUGUUAUCAUAAACAGAGGAAGGACAGUUUUAGCCUUUACAAAUCUUAAAUACGUUAUGUAGUGUAAUGUUUACAUUGGAUGAGUAUAAGACUGAGGAAAGAUACCAAAUGUCACAUUUGUAAUGGAUACUCAACCAGUUGAUCUCAUGAUUGUUAGGAAAUGUGCUAAAUCUUAUGUUGUUUACUUUGAUUUGGAAGUUAAUUAGCAAUAGAUGAUUGAAAACACAUGCAAUACAUUUACAGACACAUUCAGAAACACAGACGAAGGAAGGAAGAUGUUUCUGUAGAGAGAUUUUUUUAAUCUCGUCUUCGCGGUUUGUUUUUAUUGCUCAAUGCCAAAAGGCAAAUAGUGGGCAAUAAUGUUUUUGCCUCUCUGUGUGUUUGUUAGCAAAAUAUCCUGUGAACUAUUGAACAAAUUUUAAUGAAGUAUUCACAGAUGAGCAUCUAAAACUGAUUACCUUUUAGAAUCAGCAGAUUAAAGAUGGUGGUCACUGUUAAUCUUAGCCUGCACAUAAGUACCUAAAACAGCUAAUUUUACAGAUUUUUGGCUAAAAUUUGAUGUGGUAGCUGAGAGUCAUACCCAACACAUACUCAUAGCACUGACAAACGGCAAACACCAUUUUUAAUAUUGAACCCAAGAAGUAAUUUCUUAACAUAAAAUCUUUGUUUAAAUGUCUGACAAAAGGCAGCGAGUAAUAUACAUUCCUUGAACGAAUGCUAGGCCUUUAAUUUCUUGUUAUCGUUUGUGACAAUGUUUUCAUUUUUCUUGUCCUGUGCUGGGAAAGCUCUGUUUGACCUUCUGAGAAUCCAGCAGAGAGGAUCACUGUGUCUCACAACGGCCUGCUUGAUUCUGUUGGAGCUUCUUUUGUAGCACCGAAAACAUUUAAACCCUAAAAAGAAGCAAGAAAAGUCUCCUAAGUAGCCUAGAUUAGAGUAUGCAUUGUAUAUUGAAGGGGAAGACAUAUUACCUGAACAUUACUUAUUGGGCUAUUAAUGGACUUACAUUUAUUUUGUUAUUUUUUUAAGUAUAAGCAUUUAAAGAAUUUCCUAGUGGCUUCAGUCAUAUUUAGUUUUGCCUUAUUAUGGUUCAAAAGCCAAGGACACAUUUUUUUCAUCUAACAUUUCACUUCUUUUGAUGUCCAUGUUCUAUAUCAGAAAAAAAAACAAGACACAACUUUAGCAACUUAUUUAUUUAAUCUUUGUUCAAACCUGUAAGUACUGUACUGUAAUAAAGAGUGUAUAAUAUAACAUAAAGCAACACUUGGUGCUUUGAUGAUUCUGCUGGGUUUAGCUGAAGCUAAACUGGAGUUUAAUCUUUAUAUAAAACAGUCUAUUAAAUUGCUUUUCUAUUG